UGCAACGGUACGAUCGUGGCGCCAGGUGUAUAAAUGCCACCAUUUCUAGUGAUUUCUAUCGACAUGUCUACCAACUUUGUAGCCAUUUGUGCUUUAUGGACGAACUGCUGUUGUUAUAAGAAUCCUGGAGGGGUACGAAGUGAGCAAAAGAGACGAGAUAUGGCAGACCUUAGAACUCACUACAAAAAAAAAGCUAUUGGAUUCGGCAAUUUGGAAGAGUCGAGAAUUAUAAGAGCUGUUGAAAAGGCAAAUACUAGAAAACAACGUCGUUCAGCCGUAUAUGCAGUUAAUAGAAAAAUCAUCGGAUCAGGUUCUCCAGCUACAUCCAGCAUCGGAUGUAUUGAAAACGUACAAGAUGAAGCUAAGGAUCAAAUCAUCGAAGAAGAUAGACGAAUGAAAUUGUCAAGAUGGAGGGCAGAACGAGAUUUACAAAAAAAAAUUCAAAAGGCAAUGAAACCGCCAGUAUUUCGUGCUGGAGUGUGUCACCAUAAACUAAAUUCUCCUGUUUUCCUACACCAAAGUCUGCCAACAUCAAAACUGGUCAAAUCAUCGAUACCACCUAGAAUAACUAGAGCCACUGCUAAAAGACUAGCAUCGAAAGCUUGUAUGAAGGCACAUACACCUGAUGCUGGCAUAGUUUUAAGGAAUAAAAAACCAAUCACAAAAGUGUUCAGUCAAAGAAACAUACACAAAGAUGUGAAAAGCGUUGAAAAGACAAUUCCUAUUCCUGACAGUUCGUUUGCACCGGAUAAUUACGAGUUUAGACCACCAACCGGUUUAACAUCUUUGCCAUUGUUUGGCCAGGCAGCAUUGCAAGGGCCAAAACAAAAUUAUGACACUACUGCUACUCCUACAUUCUUCUCUCCUUAUAUUGUCAAUGCAGGAAGAAAAGAUGCUUUAAGACAAAAACGCCUGCAGCAAGCCAACACUGUGGCUAAUAGUGUGCCAAUGCAACUAAACAGUAAUGAAUUACUAACUGCUGCAGCUUUUGAAAAAGACCAAGAGCGAACGCCAUCAUAUUUUAGAAAAACCACAGACGGAGAAGUUAUGAGACUAAAAGCUCUCUGUUGGGAUUGGAUGAUGAUAAAAUCUGCCCCUGAUACCCCAGAAGAUGCUCAACUCAUGAUAAAUCAAGCAAUCGGUCAAACAAAUUUGUUGAUCGACAAAAAGGUAAAACAAUUUCGAAAACUCAUAACCGAAUGUGAAACUGGUUUGGGAGAAAAAUUGGUAACUUGUGACGACUUGCAAGGUUUCUGGGAUAUGAUGUACAUGCAAGUGGAAGACUGUGAUUCCAGAUUUGGAAAAUUGAACCAAUUGAAAGAGAGAAAUUGGCAAGAGGAUGAACAAAAAAAAAUCAAAGCAAAAAAAAUAGCAACUAAACCACCAGUAGCAGUAACUAAGAAGAAUGUUGCUUCCAAGCCUAGUUCUAUCCGUGAAAUGAUCUUAGCUGCUAGGAAAAUGAAAAUGGAAUCACAAGCAAAUCAGAAUUCACCAACUGUCACCAUUUCAGAAUCCAGCAAACCCUGUGUUGAAUCGUUAGGUUUGCCCACAGUAAAAUUUGAUGGCGGUUUUUUCAUGGUCGAAAGUCCAAAGAAAAUUGUUAUUCCAAGAAGUCUUCAAAAAUCAACUCCAUUACCUCAUCCAAAAUUUUCAGAGGAGUCUAAACAUCGUCGCUCAGCACUCAGAUCAAUUGGAGUUUCUCAGAUUCUCAAGCCACUGGAAAUAGAGUCAGAACCCCUCAUCCCGUUUUCGACCUUCCAACAAACACCAGGAAAAAGUAUUUUGAAGCAAACAGAAUCUCACAAGUCUGCAUCCUGUACCACAAGAUCUCAAAAUAAAGUGAAUUUUGCUGGAAAUGAAGAAAUAUUUACAAAGAGUAAUGAUCCUUUGUGUAAAGAAUCAAGUAUUACUUUGCACGAUUCUGAAAGCAUCAAUAAAAAGCUUGAAGCAGAACUAGACGUCAAGAAAAGACUAGAUUUUUUGAGCCUCGAUUCAAGUGAUUCAGAUUCUGAAACACAGUGUACUGAAAAAAUCCACGAGCAAAGUGGUUCUGAACUUUCUUGCAAUGAUAAAGCUAACCGUAGAAAGAAUAAAAAUCUCCGGACUCUGGAAGAUUGUAACAUUGUCAAAAUUGAAAGGAAUGAGUUUUCAGAUUCAAUUAUAGUAAGUGAAAAUUCUGUAGGCCUAGCAAGAGUAACACGAACGACUCGUCAAUCGGUAUUGAAACAACUUACCAAGGAAAUGAAGCUGGAUAUUCCAAACAUUCAUUCGGAUAUAGCAGAGACUUCUUACGAUAGAGUAAGUCCUAUGGAAACAAGUAAGCUCCAAAAAGAGAACAAACAACCGGAAAGUCCAAAAAGUACAAAGCUAAGACGAUCUACCAGAAGAAGUGUUAAAUUCACAGGAGAGGAAUGUACGGUGUGUUCGAGUUCGGAACAGGUUCAGCCAAUGACUCCGCACGUAAAACGACGAAUAACUAAAUCAUCGGAGAGACGCAAGACUUUCAAACAAUAACAAAUUUAAAUUACCUAUGAAGAUAUGUGGCGACUUAAUUAAUCUGGUAUUGCUCGUCGUAAAAAUGGUGAUAUGAGCUACCUAGACGAAUCAAAAGGCAGCUUUAAACAGAAAAUCUUGUUUUCAUGAGUGAAAAAUGAGUCAGAAUCAGGCCCGAGACUAUCGACGGUGGGCAUUGAUUAUAGAUUGCUCGUCAGCCAGCUAAUGGGUAUUUUUUUGAACAGGCGAUAGGCCGUCGAAAGUGCAAAGAUAAUAGAAGCGCUUAUAUUAAUCGAUAAGUUGCUAGUAGAAAGAAACUGUUGUAUCGGAGCUGCUCUCCUUUGGCUGGAAUUUUAUGGGCAGCAAAAGGCUAUCGCAGUAUUGUGAUGCAGAGUUUUUGACUGGGAUGAGCUAUGUUGGAAAUAAAACUCGAUUUCUAAAUAAUGCAUUUUGGAAAAAAGAAUCGAAACAUCGAUUAUCUCGUAGAGCAAUUUUUUUUAAAUUACCCAUUUCCCAGUUCAUCCGUUAUUUGAUUAAUAUAUUUUCAAUCAAUAUUAAAAAUUAUACACUCACUUUGAAAGCGUUAAGGAGUUAAGUAGUUUGAGUGCCAGAUCUAGUUUCCAAUCGCCUGCUCCUGGAUUUACUACAAAAAAAUCACAAAAUUAUUAAUAUGUAAUCUCAUCAUCGUGUCUCUACUGAACUAUAAAACAAUAAUAUUUCACCGUUUAUGAGGAAUAUUUUGCAGAAUAGUAGUGUUACCUGGCGGAGAAUCACCGCGAAUUAGAUUAUACCUCUGCUUAAACUAUGUAUCAACAUUCUAAAAAAAAUGCAGAUUUUUACAUUUAUAUAGCCAACUGAAUGAAAUAAAUACCUUCACUAUUCAGAUCACUCAUAUCCAGAAAACACUGUUAUACCACUGGUGAUCUCUGCAGCGGUUAAAAUGACUUACGAAGUACGAACGCGGGUACGAACCCUAUGUUGGUGGUACGAAAUUGAAUCUGAAUUUUUACGCCAUAUUAGUACGGUUUUAGUGGCGUUGGCGUCGGUGAUGUUUUAUAUCGAUAUUUGCGGAAUAGCAUCGAACAUCGAAUAAUCAAAGCUGAAAAACAUCGCUGAAAAUAAUCGAUCAUUUCGAUUAAUCGACAAACAUCGCCCAUCCCCAUCAGCUGGCUUCUGGCUGUUUCUAGCUGCCUCUCGCAAUCCAAAUUUGUCAAUUUAGCUCAGUAGUCGAUUAAUUCAAAAUAAAAGAAGAUUACAUUGAGAUUAACGAUGGCAAAUGUUUCCCGAUUUGUUAAGAGCAUUUAUGAUGACCCCUUUAAAUGGUCGCUGGUGAAAAGCAUUGCUAUUUUUGCUUUGGGGGUUAGGAUCGCUCUCGAAUGCCGCGGAGUCGAUUUGAUGCCACCGAUUACUGCAUAAACAAGUCAACUUUAUUUCACAUUAAUUUAGUUUAAGUUUUAUAAUACUACAAGAAUUAGCCUGCAUAUUUUGAUUUACAAUUGCACUGUUUGGCUAACCGAUUGAACUGUACAAAUGUAAUUAAAUUUAAGUUUAUUCGCA